UGAGGGGCAAUGACAGUGAUAGGGAUCACAAGGGGAUGGCCAAAUGGGGAUGGUAGAGUCUUGGCCCAGCUGAACCAUCUAGACACUAAUGUGGUCAAUUGCUUUGGUCACCAUCACAGUCAAUCGAGGGCCAGUCCUAAGCAUAAGGCUCUAAACUGGUCCCAGAUUAAGUGACGAGUGUGGAUGAGGUCAGCACAACAUAUGCACAUUAGAACACCAUGUACACAGAAUAUUUUGUUUUCUGUUUUAAAAAGUAUAAGAUUUGCAGAGAAUAAGUCCUCACCUACAAAUAGGAAGUAAAUUGUGAACAUUACUUUUGAUCCCUUUGAGAAUAAAUUUAGUAAAGAAUAACAGCCCAAGUUUGCUUAGUAUCAACAGACCGCUCACACUAACCUUCCUCUCUCUUGUCACUUUUCCAACUCCCACAUAAAACAUUGAUCAGACCUUUUCUUUUAAGUAACCAGGAGACAAUACGUGAGGAGGCCAACAUCCUGUAUGAAUAAUUGAAACUGGGUAACAAGCCAUCCCCUUGAAGUCUUAUAAGGAGUCAGGAUCAUGGCCAGUUGCUGUGGAACUCUCUUCCUUCUCCCUCUGCCACAACCCCACUCUGUUUCCUGUCUGGUUAAUUUGUGACAAUUAACAUUUCCUAAAUUCACCAGACCUCUUCUGAUCUUGGAAACUAAGCAGGGAGAGCCAUAGUCAGUCCUUGGAUGGGUGACCAUGAGUGAAUAGUAGGUGCUGUAGGCUAUAUUUCAGAAGAUCCCAGAGUAUUUCUUGCCUAAGACAAUCCUGUGAAAUUUAUGAGGUUGCCAUACGUCAACAGGUACCGCAAAGGCACAUAUACACACAAAAUCUACUAUGAUCACUUUCUUGAAUCCAAAAGGGUGUGUGAAACCUAAUACUUCACCGGUUAAAAAGAAACAUUGAGUUAGUGUUAGAAUAUGUGUUCCUGUGCUUGAGUAAUAAUUUCCUCUCUGAUGAGAAGCUUGUUCAACAGGUUUUAUUUUCAUGUGUGUGUAUGUGUGUGUGUCCCUUCCUCCUAACUUUGUGGGUUGAGAAGAAGGAUGUGUCUUCCCUGGGUUUCCCCCUCCCUUUGCCUUACUUGCCUCAUCAGAGUAAAAGGCCAGGCAACAGCACCACCAGUUCAAACUCGCUCAGGUUAGUUUGUGGGAGAGCAGAGCAAAGAGGAGAGAGCUGUUUUCCAUUUGGAUUCUGAAGUUGAAAAGCAGUGUGCUCUGACUAGCAGGAGGGAGGAGGCAAACACAGGAAAGGCUUGGAGUGAGUCGUGUUCAAACAUUGCUAGGACUAGUGGGAGGGGAAGAAAGGAGUCGGCAAGCAAGACAGACAGGAGUGCUUCCAAUGGUGCUAAUGACUGAUCUACAGCAUGAUGGGGAAGAACUGAAGCCUGUCAGGGUGACCAGCAGAAAAGAAAAACCUGCCUUAAUCCUUUCAGAGAGUGAAAAUGGAACAGAAGAAAGGAAGAAAUCUGGCAGACCAUCCCCUCAAUUGUCACAGCUAUCUCCUGAUGCUGAAUAUUUUGAACACCAGAGGAAAAUUUCAAUUUCGAGGUCAAAGACCGUUGUGGAUAAUACCUUCUUUGCAUUCGAUGGCAAAAAUGACUCAAAGCCGGAAAGAAAGAAGCAUGCUUCAAAUCAGUUUAAAGCAAAUGCUCACUUUCACAAGCUAUUUCUGGAUGUCCCAAUUGAUGAACCUUUGAGACAAAAUUUCACCUGUGCCUUACAAAAAGAAAUCUUGUACCAAGGGAAGCUUUUCAUUUCGGAGAAUUGGAUUUGCUUCCAUUCGAAGGUCUUUGGCAAAGAUACUAAAAUAACCAUACCUGUCCACUCCGUCACACUAAUAAAGAAAACUAAAACCGCUCUUCUAGUGCCAAAUGCUUUGGUUAUAACAACUGUCUCUGAUAGGUACAUAUUCGUCUCCUUUCUGUCCAGAGAUACAGCUUAUAAGCUAUUAAAAUCAGUUUGUCGGCAUCUAGAGGAUUUCAGUGUUGGCAACAGUCCCAAUCCUUCUUCUCCAGAAAACAGUUUCAGGGGUGAUCGCCCUACAACCUUACCUCUGGAUUUCAAUGAAGACUUUUGUGAACUAGAUGGCAUCAUCCACCAACGCAGGCAGGAGAUGGAAGAAUCCAGUAGCACUGGCUCUCAGACUCCAGAACUGGAACAUUUCCAAGAGUAUCACCUGGUUGGCACCCAAGCUCAUCUGAAAGCUUCCCAGUUGGAGACAAACGUUCUGCAUGCAGAUGGACAGUCUAAACAUUUGUGUGAUGAUAAAGUCAGGAAUACUUCAAGGAAAGUUCCAUCUGGCAUCCUUGGAUACUUCCACGAAUGGAAUUACCAGACUUUUUUGUCUACGAACCACAUACUUAUUCUCUAUGCAGUUCUGGUUUGUGCACUCAUUUUCUCCACAUUCUACAUGAGAUACAAAAUCCACAUACUGGAAGACCAACUUGACUCCAUGACUUCCUUCAGGGAUUCAUAUAUUAAUGAACAUCCAGUACAGGAAGGCCUGGCAUCCUAUCUGAACCUUAAUGCUGACAGUCUCUGCGAAGAACUAACAGCAAAUCUUAUCAGACUGGAAAAGAUACAGAGCAAUUUACAAAGACUCCUGGAAGACAAAGAAUGAAUUGCCAGUUUCCUUUGGACUAUCUUAUUCCUCCUUCCGUUUUAUUCUCCUGAUGAACAACUCUGAAGGUGGUUUCAGGUUUUGUGUCCCAGAGUGUGUAUGUCCUUCAGCUUCACCCAAAUCUGCCCUUCUUUGGAAGUUGUGAAUAAUGUGUGCCUGGUCAAAGGAAGAUGCCUUUCUGCUAUCUAUAAUGCUGUGUGAAUAAUUGAGAAGACUGAUCAUAACACUUCGUUGUAUUGCUCAAAUCUGUAGCAAUUCCAUUUUCUUGAACUGUGUUACAUUCUCUCUAAAAGUGGAUGGGUUAAGGAAAAAUCAUGGUUUUAAUAACACUAUGAUCCCACUUUAACUGUCAUGACCACCUCCUAUGGAAUCUCUGUGUUUGUAGUUUGAGGAGACACUAGAGCAAGGCUUUGUAAACUUUUUAAACUCGUGACCCCUUUCUGCCCGGGCAUAGAGAUAUAUAAAAUAAACAUAACUUCAAACAUUUACUGAUAAUAAAUUAGCUAGGCUUGCUAAACAGGCUGGAUUUCCUUUUUGUGGAGUAAAGCUGAAGCAUUUUUUGAAUUGUCUACUAUAAACACUGCACAUUGUUGCUAACAGAUUUGUGUAAAUGGAUGGCAUUCAGAAACCUGUUGCCAAAUAUGUUGUGACCCCAACAUUGACCUAAAGGGUCAAUUUUGGGUUUGGGGCCCACAAUUUAAGAAGCAGUGAACUAGAGGUUUCUGGUUGAGAAUUCUAAGUAUCACUCCCUAAACUGCAAACCCCAGGAUUCCAUAAAUAGAAGCCGUUGCUAUUAAAGUGGAAACACGGUGCUGUUAUUAGGGAGUUUGAAAGAGUUCUUUGUUUCUCCUUAAUCAUGUUCUUUCUGAUUGGGACUUGGCAUUUUCCAUUUAGAGCUUCCAAAUGGUCUUGUUCCACUUGUGAAAGAAAUUUAUCAGUUGAAUCCAUUCUUGGUCUAUAGAGGAUGUUUUUGUGUUUGGGGAGGGGAUCGGGUAGUAUUAAGCUUCAGUUGCUACUGAUCUUUUUUAUGUCAGGAGAUUAAGACAUAUCACAAGAUCCAGUUGAAAAGUCCACAGUCUUCAUUUCCAUACAGCUGGGUUCAACUCAAGUGUAGAAAUCAGUUUCCAAAAGAUUGAGAGCCAUUCUCACUGUUAAAAAUCUUGGGAGGAACUGGGUUAUGUUACUCCUGAGAUUUUGUCCCCACAACCCUGGCUUUCCUUCAGGGGAUGGCAUCCAGCUCCCUUCAGCCCCAUUCCCCAAAAAAAACCUAACCCAAGGGGCCUGCCAGCAGUACAAGCCCCUCUGCAGAUUACUCAUGAUGCACAAAAUGUAUGUGUCAGGAGGUGGGGUGGGGAGGAGGAACCUUACCUUAAGGUCUGGAUCUUUGCAGGUGUUAAAUUAAUGCAGAAUAAAUGGUGAAAAACUUUUGAUGGCUUGGAAGCCUGUGUAGAAGAGCCCUGAGUUGGUGUGCUGCAGCAAAUGCAAUGCAAGCGAAGUCUCCAAAGAUAAUACAUUUAUAAUAUUUUGAAAUCCUAAGGACAAGUUCAUUGUGAAUAAUUUUUAUGUUAAUAUUAGUGGGGUCCAGAUAUAACCCAGCUGACUUGAAUGUAUCCCAUACGUUUUUCUGGAAGUGGGAAAUACCAGCUAGAUUUAGCUGAUUUAAUGCCAUGGAGAUACAAAACUUAAUGACAUAAAGGCAAUUAAUUUAUGCAAUAGAUUGCCUGACAUUUAACUGUUGUAUUUGUUUUUGAAAAUACACUCCACAAAGUCAUGAAAACUGUCACAACACAAUGAAUAAUAUAUAUUUGUUUUAACCAAAUUAUUUUCCAUUAAAUUACAUUUUCAAUUAAAUUAAAUCCUUCUAGAAGCUAUCAUUGAAGUUUUACUUUGAAUUAAGCUCAGGGCAGACUGACAAGCUAGUAAAAUAGGUAUAAUUUUGGCAUGAGCCAGUUUGGUUCCAAAUGAUUUUAAGAUCUUUGUGUGUCUAGCAGAGCCGGUCCAACAAUGAGCUGAAUUAAGCGGUCACUUGGGGCGCAAAACAUACGGGGGUGCAGUCAAGACUGCUUUUUCUGUUGAUUUGUUGUAAAACGUGAUGUUUUGGUGCUUAAUUUGUAAAAGCUUAAUGUAAUUUGAUGUUUAAUAGGCGUUUCCUUAAUCCCUCCUUAUUAUCCAACAUUUUCGCUUAUCCAAUGCUUUUAUUUUUCAGUUAUUGGUUUGGGGGGGGGGCAACAAAAUUCUGUUCGCCUACACUUGAAAAAUACCUAGGGCCGGCUCUGGUGUCUAGAUUUUAAUCACUUGCCUAAUAGGAUUUUGGAGUUGCAACAUGGUAGAUUUUCAGUGGGACUUUAUUAUAUUGCCUCGUUCAGUCUGUUAAGAGAAUGGCAAAUUGGUGAGAACAAAAUGUCAAACAGGAAGAUGUAAUGAGCAUGUAAUGAACAUCAAUCGUUUAUAAACAAAAAUUUUUUUUGCUAUUACAUCACCCAUAACAUCUUCUGACCUAUACCAUUCUCUUCACAGUGCCUUACCCAGGAAAAACACAGUGAUUCUAUUAUUUUUAUUUGCCGUAUGGUUUGGUUCACACAAAUGUUAUUUAAAGUAUCAAUAUAUAAAAUACAUUCUUCUGUUUACACAGUCAAAAUAUAUCUUAUCAUUUCUGUGAAAUGUAAUUUAUUUGUUUUUAUAAUAAAUUAUUUCCAAAAAUGUAAA